AUGUCCAAAAUUGCCCAAGCAAAUGCUGUCACAGGACAUACUGCGUGUGUCGGGCUUGCCGGCAACACCCUUCUAGCGCUUGAUCAAUGUCCUGUCUCAUCUCCGGCUGCCCAACUAAGCAGAGACACCGCUGAGAGGAGUCUUGUGAUGACUCGCGAAGCCUCGCAUCUUGGCGCAGCGCCACCUUCGCGGGAGGCAACAAUCUAUCAGCGUGCCUAUCAUACCCAUCCCAUUGACGCAGAGUUCCCUUUCCCUGGCCUCGCCUAUGCCUUGCAGCAGCCUUCAGAAAUAGCCAUGGAAAAUGCUUAUCAGCUCACCGGAAGCAAUGGGCCCAACUGUGCUCCUGGCACCGGUCCAUCAAUACUAUUUGAUAUGCUUGCUUCCUAA